AUGGCAAGGCCGCGGCGUCCCGUGAGGGGCCGGGCCGGCGGAGAGCUCGUCCUGCGGCCGCGCCAUGGGCCCAGGUCUGUGCCCCGGGGAACUGCGGCUGGUGGGGCUGAUUUUAUCCGUACCGGAGCCAAGGGUCAGGUUAAACUGAACGUGUUGCCUCAAGCGGUCCUCCAAAGCCCAGGGGAACAUCCCAAGUUUAUAGAGCAGCCUCUUUGCCCCCCAUUAGAGUUUGCAAGGAUUCAUUUGAUCAAAGACAAAGAUGCCAUAGAUGAUUAUUUGGCGAAGAAUAUCAAAGGGGUGUCAAAACAAGAAGCUGCUGCUUACAGGAAUUCAUACAAGAAGAACAUCUGCAUAGACAUGCUGCGCCAGGGUUAUCACAAGUCCUUCUCUGAGCUCUUCACUCUGAUCCAGAAGUGGAAUGCCUUGAGGGAGGCUGCAGGGCCUGGGUCAGCCAUAUGGCAUGAGAAGUCCCUGGAGGAGCAGCCUGAUAAGCUGGAUCAGCUUUACCACUUCCUGACCGGGGCUGAGGCAGCCCAGCGAGCAGGGCACUAUGAGAAGGUGUAUGAUAACCAGCUUAGCUUGGCCUGCUUUUUCAAUGACCCUGAGGACAAAUGGUUAAGUAACUACUUUUAUGAGCAAAGCUAUAACACUGCUCGGUUAGUAGAAAUUGAUGGUGGGAAGAGAAAGGCACAAGCAUGUGUAAACAUGGGCCUCAUCGAAGAGGAAGAAGGUCACGUCAUGAAAGCUGCUGAGCAUUUUGAAGCAUUUUAUCAGCUAACAGAGGGCUCAUCAUGGAAGGAUGAGACAGGCCGCACUUAUGCUUCACUGGCAUGUCAGCAUCUCUGGAGAAUUUAUACAUUGGUAGCAGACAAAAUGCUGGAAAAUAAAGAACACCAAGAGGCCAUCAAAACGCUAAUAAAAGCUUUAAGGAUGGCAAAAGAAGGAGGUGAUAUAAAGAUGCAUGGAGAAGCAGCCUAUUGCUUAAGUCUAGCGUAUCAUUUUUCUGGAGAACAUGAGACAGCAUUAGCAGUUUUGAACACCUCUGUAGAAAUCUUCACAACCCUUUGUGAUUCUGCUGGCCUGGGCAGAGCAUAUGCAGCUGUAGCCCAGAUCCUGGCAAGUCAGGGAAAAUCAAAUGAGGCCGUGAAGUACUUGGGAGAAUUUCUGAAGAAUGCUGAGAGCGCUAAUCUAAGCCAAAGCCUGGUGGAUGCAAAUGUCCUGCUUGGAAAAGUUCACAAUGAAAGAGGGAGCUAUAACAAAGCUCUGGAACAUUUCAGUCAGGCCUCUGAGGCAGCAAAAUCUUUGAACAAUUUGCCCUUGGUGGCUGAAACAGAUAGCUACUGUGGCAUCGCCAAGGCUCAUCAGCUGAUGGUGGCGUUCAACAGCCACAUAGCAGCAGCAGCGGAUCCGCUCAGCCUGCAGUGCCUGCUGGCAUGGAAGCAAAACAGAAGUGACAUGUGCGCUGACCCUCUUACAGCCGAGGAUGCCUGCUUAUUGACUCAGAAGCUGAAGUAUGAUGACUGCAGGAAGAUCCUUGAAGAGCAGUGUAACAAAAGAAACAUGUUGAUUGGUAUUUCCAGGUGUGAGUCCUCUUUUGACUCAGGCCUGAAGUCUCCAGGAGCUGAGGAGGAUCCUGGGGGGUACAAGUCUCAAGUAGUCCCAGCAGCUGCUCGUUCUGCAGCUCUGUUCUGCAACUUGGUCUUCUGCAGCAUGGGAGACAUGGGACAGAAAACCAGUGCACAGCAGAUUUUCAGUAGCAUGUGGACGAGCCAGAGACUGGGAACUUGA